AUGGCGCAGGCCCCGCUCACGAUCGGCUUCCUGGGAGGCGGCCAGAUGUGUGAGGCGCUGCUUGGUGGCCUCUUGGCCCAGGGCACUGCAGAGGCGAGCAAAGCGCUCGUCAGUGAGCCCGUGGAGGCCAGAAGAGCAUACCUCGAAAGCAAGUUUGGCGUCCGCACGACGGCCUCAAAUGCCGAGGUCGUGAGCUCCCUGGGCGCCGGCGGUGUUGUAGUCCUGGCCGUGAAGCCGCAGGUGGCAUCGGCAGCGCUGAGCGGCCUGAGCCUUGGUAGCGACUCGCCGCUCUUUGUCUCGAUCAUGGCAGGGGUGACCCUCCAGAAACUUGCAGACAUGGGCCUGAGACGAGUUGCCAGGACGAUGCCGAACACCCCAGCGCUGGUCGGCCUCGGCGCGUCGGCCUACGUGCUUGGGCCAGGUGCUUUGCCCACGGACGGCGCCAUCGUAGAAAAGGUGAUGUCAGCAGUCGGCGUGUGUGAGAAGCUGGGCGACGAGAAGCUUCUGGAUGCCGUAACCGGGCUGUCCGGAAGCGGCCCGGCCUAUGUGUACAUGAUGAUCGAGGCCAUGGCAGAUGGUGGCGUCAGAAAUGGCCUCACCCGAGAUGUGGCGCUGAAGCUGGCUGCGCAGACGGUCAUGGGCGCAGCCAAGAUGACCAUCGCGGGUGACAAGCAUCCCGCCCAGCUCCGAAAUGCUGUGGAGUCUCCCGGCGGUACGACCAUCGCAGGGACUACCACCUUGGAAGCCACCGGCUUCCGGAACGCCGUGAUCUCUGCAGUGACGGCCGCGAAGGUUCCUCCUGGCUUAGAGGUGCACUCUUCUUUGCACUUGGGUCAAUCCAUUCUUAUUCGAGGCCUACUCUUGAGCACAGUUCUUUGUGGGCGCUUCAUCAUCCCUAUACAAUCCACGCACAUCCGCUCCAAACCGCCUAGCGAAGAGGAGCCGGGGCGUUUCAAGGUGCAGCAGCAGGCUUUCCUGUUCGCCAGGGCAGCAGCAGCGGGGGGCACCAAAGUGUCCGACACAGGGCGCCUGGCAGCGCUGGACGGUGUGCGCUGUCUUGCCCUCUUAUGGGUCUUUGCGCUUCACUCUUUCCGCUCGGAGUUCGCGAAUGUGUAUACCGGAGAGGAGCUUGCCGAUCCCAGGCUCCGCAAAGGAGUUCUGCUGCAGUGGUGGAGCCAGCCUGCGCUUCAAGGCAACACUGGGGUCGAUGCCUUCUUCGUGCUUAGCGGCAUGCUGAUCAGCAGCACCUACUUGCAGAAGGAUGUUGAGAGGCUUCCGCGCCCGCUUCACGCAGCUCUCUUCUGCCUCCGCCGCGUCUUUCGUAUCUGGCCCAUGGUCGUCGCUGCCGUGGGCACCGCCUUCCUGAUGGCUGCUAGCUCUCCGGACUUCGCGGUGCACUGGCGCUCGGCCCUGGCCUGGCCAUACUUGAUUUUGAUGCCGAACUUCUUCCCGAACAGUCUCGGAAUCACGGGCAUCGGCCACCUUUGGAGCGUCAGCGUCGAGAUGCAGAUGUAUCUCCUCACGCCUUUGCUCAGCGAACUGAUCUUCAAUGUUUCGGCCGGUCGGCGCCGCCGCGGUGGUUUCGCUUUGCUCGGAGGCCUUUCCCUUUUGAGUCUCGGGCUCCGGGCCUGGUGGGUCUUCGGACCGCCGCAGAUGAUGGACGAGCCGUGGUGGCCUCCCCCGCCGCUCUACACCAAUGUCUUCGCCCGGAUCUCACCCUACCUCAGCGGCAUGGCGCUGCACUUGGCCUUGCAGGAGUGUGAGACUCAAGACGCCACGAUGCAGAAGGUCGUCUGUGCAGCGCUUGCUGAUGGCCUCUCCAUCGUGUCGCUGUUGCUUUCUGGGUUGGUGGGGCACCACUACUUCCCGGCACCGAGCUUUAUGGGGGAACUGCUUCCGGACUCUGUCGAGAAGCUGGUCGUCGUUUCCUGGCCUCCGCUCUUCGGCUGGUGCCUGGCCAGAUGCCUCUAUCGAAUUCUGACUGCCAAGGCUCCCAAGAAGGAUGCUGGCCUCUGGGGCCACUUCGUUCCCUGGUACUGGUGCCAGCAGUUCUUGGGCGCUUCCUGCUUCUUCCGCCUAGCGCUGCUCUCCUACAGUGCCUAUGUGAUGCAGUUCGUUGCACCGCUGCCGCUAACCUUUAUCGACAACCGCUUGGAUCUGAGCUGGGCAGGCCUUGCACCGCAGGACAGACUGGGGGCGAUGCUGCGAGCACCGGUCCAGUUCGCCCUUUGGACAACUCUGUCUUGCCUCAUUGCGCUGCCCUACCAUGCUUUUUUCGAGGCACCGGGAAUGAGGCAGCUGCGCUGCGCGCAGCGCUGGUGUGAGGAACACCGGCCGGAUUGGCAGGUCCUGACUUUCGUGUACCAGGCUGGGUGCGACUUCUUGGAGCAUCUUGGAGCAUCAGGGAUCCACUUCAAACUUCUGUUGCCAUCUGCAGAUCUCGGCAAAAUGUUGCAUGAGCUUGGUGACAGGGCCUACUGCGCCGGUGGAAGCAAGAAUAUCCAGGAUGUGGACAAGUUCAUCAUUCGGAAGGCCGUGGACGAGCAGAAACGGGGGUCGAUGGUCAAGAUCAUUUCGAAUGACAACUUUUCUGAGUACAUCGGCAAAGUGGAAGACUUCCGCUUUGAUGAAGCCUGGAUCCGCCAGAAUGCGAAGUGCCCGCACCGGAACAUGUGCCCGCUUCGCUUGGACUGCCAGGUGAAAGAGAUUGUCGAACACGUCGAAGAAAGGGCAGGGGCAGUGCAAGCAGAGUGCUUGCUCCAGCGGUCAAAGCUCCGUGGAGAAGUUCUCAAUACCUUUGAACUUGAGCUGCCUUGCCACGGGUGGUGUGAGGGGAAUACCGCGGCAUGGGACAAGAAGUGCAACUGGACAAAUUGCAAAGGUUGUGCCCCAUGCUCACAACCAGCUGGUUGCUUGCCGCCGACCACGUUUUCAGGCUGGGGCGACGGUGGUUAUCAUGACAACUUCAAAGGCUGGUACGAUGUACAGGGCUGUGGUGAGUGCCAUGACUACUGCCGCUGGGUGGGCGGGUCUGGUUCAGGCGGUGAUCCCAAGGAGAAGCUUAUCCACGAGGCAUCUUUUUGGAGCUGCAGGCUUGCGGGAACCUCCGCCAUCCAUUCCCCGAGUGGAGCAUUUCAGUCUUGGAACUUCGACAAAUGUUCGGGCGAGGGUGCAGUCGCGCCUGCGCCGGCACCUCCAGCAACACCCUAUGUCCCUGGUUCACCUGGAGGUGCCUGGUCCGAGCAAGAGCUGCGGGAUGUGCGAGCCAAAAUCCACCGCAUCAUCAAUGAAGGCAAUCAAGUGUUCAAUGAGCUUGGUCUUCAGGUGGAAGAGCAGUGGACCUCCGUUCCCAGUGCAGGAAAGCUGCUCAGGCUCGGGUUUCACGAUUGCAUGAAAUACAAAGACGGCACAGGUGGAUGUGACGGAUGCCUUGAAUGGAAGGGCGUCGGUGUGCGAAUCCCACGUUCUGACCUUCAGAAGGGAAAAUUUCCUGCUGACGGUGAGGGCGAUGGCCACAACAACGGUCUCGGCUAUGUCGUUGAAGUUCUGGAGGCAAUUUAUACCGACCGAAGCUUUCCUGCCAAGACACCGCUGCUAUCCCUUUCCUUGCAACAAUCAGGCAAGUCUCGAGCUGAUCUCUGGGCUUUCGCAGCAGUUGUUGCUGUGGAGUACAGCCUGGAGCUCAACAACAUGGCUUGCGACAACCCGACGAUUCUGCAGCCUGGUCAAUGCCACCCUCGUGACGGACAGCCAGACUGCAAGCUGGAAAUGCCGAGACCUAUCAUCUUCAAGACGGGUAGGAAGGAUUGCUUGAGCUCUUUGACACCUUCGUACAAGCAGGACAAGGAAGAAACCCAUCCGAAUCCGCAAUCGAACGGACAAGGCACUGUGGACUACUUCAAGCGAGACUUCAACUUCAAUGGCAGGGAGACUGUUGCUAUCAUGGGGGCUCACACACUUGGAAGAGUGCAUGUGAUUAACAGUCUUUUCCGGUACACUUGGAAGGCGAAGUCAGAGAAGUUGUUCAACAACGGUUACUUCCGGAAUCUCGCGAAGAAGAAGGAUUGGUAUUAUCCAACAGGGGUCGCAGCUCCAUGCAAGCGCGUGGGGAAUGCAACUGGUCACAGACCCGUGGCCAGGUGGAUGCCUCAUGUUCGCGGCGACACGGUCGCUGGAGGUCCUGUCCAGUGGCUGCAAGAGAAGCUUGUUUGCCCAGACUGGAAUCCAGAUUCACAGGAGAUGGACACAUGCGACGAAAGUGAGCUGAAAUGGAAGUUCGUCAUGGGUCAGGAUGAGACGGCCCUUCCUUGUGAGAUGGGCUUGUAUGUGGAUUUUCAAGUCGAUGCUAACGGAAUUCCAUCUGGGUGUCCCGGAUUCGAAGACUUCAACAUGGAGAAAUGGGGCGGCAUGUUGGACACGGACGCAGGUGGCUUGAAGAACUACCAUUACACUUGGACAAGAAUUGACGGCAAGCUGGCUGAACCAAAGUGCCCCUUGCAGAAGCUUGCGGAGCCCACCGGCUCGACCCCGCUGCAUCAAAUCGUCGACGAGUUUGCCGACAAUGCAACCAUGUGGCUUGAGAGCUUCAUUCCUACAUUCGAGAAGAUGCUUGCAAAUGGCUACUCUGAGUCUGAGUUGCAGGCUGCGCCCGCAACCGAUAGCUCCUUCGUGAAAUGCCCAUUCCAAGACAGCGCCGAUGCAGGUGGCAAGCCGCUGGAGUUACUGGCAGACGCCGUGGACGGCACCUCCCCAGCGCAUGGGCCGCCGAAGCAGAAGCCGACGAAGCAGUGCGCCUACGUUGCUGUCCUCUUCGGUCCGGACAAGGAUCUGCUGCAGCGCUUCAUUCUCGGCGCCAUGGUUCUGGGCUUCUCUCUGAAGAAGUCCGGAACCCGCCAUGACUGUGUCCUGCUGCACACGCCGGAUGUGCUGGAUGCACCCGGUGCUGGUGCUCUGGAGAUAUACUGGAAACUGCAUGAGGUGGAGUACGUUGAGGCAGCACAGAAGCUGAUCGCCAGGAGUGAGAAGCGCUUCAAGCACGUCUUUACGAAGCUGCAACUCGGCCUCAAGCUCCUAGAAGGGAUGGGCGUGUGGGCCGUUCUAGGUUUGGGGCGGGCCAGGCACGCUUUCGGCUGCACGGACUACCACCGAGUGAUCCUCUUGGACCUGGACCUGCUUAUCACGGACAAUGUGGACGAGCUCAAGGACUUCAAACCGCCGGCGGCCCUUCGACGCGGACACAAGGAACUGCCACCGGGGGUGGAAAUCGGAUUGUCCUUCUUCAACAAGUCCGGGCAGCAGCAGUAUGGCAUGAACUUAGGCGUCGCAGUCCUGCAACCUUGCCAGAACGAGCUCGAGAAGAUGUUGGAAAGCGUCCGCAGCGAGCGGGACCCCAUGCACCAAGCCACGACCGGUCCGGAGCAGGACUUCUUGACGCGCUGGUUCCGGAGCAAAUGGAAUGCACUGGAUGUCAAGUACAACUACCAGCUCCACCAGAUGCACUACGCUCUGGGCCACGAGGGUGCCGGCGCAGAUCGGCUCACCCGGGAUUUGGGCAGCAUCAAGGUGUUGCACUUCUCCGGUGGCGUGAAGCCUUGGGACUUCUUCUUCGACUCAGCGGACAGAUCCUUCGAGGAGUUCUGCAGCGCCACGCUGAUCCCAGCGUACUGUCGUGCCGAAGGAGCGAGCAUCGACGUUUUGGAGGACAGGCUGCUGAUUGCGGCGGUGAUGUGGCACGAAGAUUGUCAGGCCAUGUGGCGAGAUCUGCUCAAAGAGCUUGUGGCCGGCCCGGCUUGUCGGGCCUGCGGCGAAGCGUUUGCCGAUGAGGAGCUGCUGGUCCGGUUGCAUCACACGUUCUUCGAGUGCCCGGCUGUGGCGGAUUUGGAUUACAUUCCGUGGCCGGAGGAUAUCAACAACCCGUUGCCUGUGGAGUUGGCAGAUCUCGUGUCCUUCAUCGGGACGGUCAUGGAGCGUCGUCGCUGGUUGCAGACUCCAGCCGAACCCUUGCGAAGCGCACCUGAGGAGGCAAUGUCGAGCGGAACUGCCGAAGCGAGAGAUUCUGCUGCAUCGAAUGUGGGCAUGGACACGGUGGACGCACGCCAUAUGGAGGCUCGCGAGACGGGAGUCCAGUCGGGCGGCUUCAACAUGCACGGGGCUCCCCCGGCCCGGGCUGAGAAGACGCCGAAGACGCUUCACCUCGUCCUCUACCCGGCACCCUCGCAUGCUCGCAGCUCUGCAGAGACGUCGGAGGCGGCGCGCGCGCUGGAGUUGCCGAAGGCCCCGCAACGACUCCGAGACACUGGCUCCGUGCUGGAUCAAGUGCGGGAUGAGAUCCUGGCCCAGGUGGACAGCGAGCGUGUCACGGUGAUCGUAGCUCCCACUGGCUGCGGAAAGAGCACAGGAAUACCUCAAAUGAUUUUGGAUGCCGUGGACUCCGAUGUCGACCGGCGAAUUCUUUGCACACAGCCUCGGCGAGUGGCGGCAACAAGUUUGGCACGUCGCGUAGCUGCACUGCGCGGAGAAGCUCCAGGGGGAGAAGUGGGCUUCCAAAUUGGAGGUUGCAGCGAGGUGAGCCGUUCUGGGCGCACUCGCCUGGUCUUUGCUGCAGCUUUGCUAGAGAUGGUCACAGCCAUCGCCAUGAUUCAAUGCCUGCAGGAGACUACCACGUUCACGCACCUGAUUAUUGACGAGGUGCACAUCCGCGACUCCUUCAUCGACUUCUUGUUGACCUUGGUGGUAACCCGGGUGCUCAAGCGCAAUCCUCGCGUCAAGAUUGUCCUGAUGAGUGCUGCUAUGGAUUCAGCCACCAUCACCAACUUCUUCGCAAAGGCUUUGAACGGUCAUGUGCCCAAGCUCAUGGACCUGGACCGCUGCCGCCCGCACCCUCUCACAAUGAAGUACCUCGACGAUUUCGACUUCUUCACGACGAAAGGCUAUCGCCGCGAGAGGCCCGACGGCAUCUGGGAGGUGAUGGGCGUGCCUGCGGAGUGGAAUCAGGAGGAGGUAGCGGAGCUCUACGCGGAGUUCAUCUCCGAGCUGCACCGCACGCGCCCGCCGCGAGACGAUGGUCAGCUGGAGUCCUUCCUGGUCUUUUUGCCGGGGAAGCGCGAGGUUUCUCUUCUGGCCGAGAAGUUGGACGAUGGGAACCGGCAGGCUGUCGGAGUUCGCCAGCUGGACAUCAAGUGCGUCUUCGGUGGUCAGACUGUGGAGUCUCAGGAGAAGGCGCUGGUGAAAUCAGCUAUUGCCGCGAGUCGCACUGUCAUUCUUGGGACUGACGUGAUCGAGUCCUCCGUGACCAUUCCGGACGUUGACCUCGUGAUCGACAGCUGCGAGCACAAGCGCCUGCGAUGGGACCCGUCCAAGAAGCAGAGCCUCCUCACGAUGCUCUUGAUCAGCCAGGACGAGGCGAAGCAGCGUGCAGGCCGCACUGGCAGGCUUCGCCCAGGUAUUGUGAUCCGAAUGAUUUCCUGCCGCUGUUACGACCGCCUGGCCCCGCAUGUCGAGCCUCAGAUCAAGCACUCUCGUCUCGAAGAUGUGUUGCUUACGAUCUUCGAGCUGCCGAACCUCGGGGAUCCGCGGGAGUUCCUGAAACAGAUGCCGGAUGCACCAGAUCCGCUGCGUGUUGAGACUGCGAUCACGAGGUUGCUGGAGCUGAAAGCACUUGACAAGGCUGCGGCAGUAGAAGGCGGUGCGAAUGCAAGGCCGACAUGGUUCGGGCGGUUCCUGCAGAAGAUGCCCUUGGAUCCUGAAGUGGGCCUCCUGGUGAUGAAUGGGGUUCGUCUGAGACUCGUCAAGGAGUGUGCGAUUUUGGCAGCAGUGCAUCAGCGGGGAGAUCCCUUUCUGGACCACUUGGACUUCUCUCCGCAGGAAGUCCGCAGCUUGCGCGAGGUGCGUGACGCUUGCUCUCCUGGCCGGGGCUCUGGUGCUCGGCCGCUGCCUGGGGACCUGAUGGCCGGCCUCGGUGCCUAUCGAGCGUGGCAGGCGCACGUGGCGAGGUCUGGGAGCUGGUCGUCGGUGGAGCACGAGGCACACUGGUGCCAGCAGCACUUCUUGAGCUUGGAUCGCCUUCACGAGAUCGAAGAGAUGGUAACUCAAAUUCACGAUGUGCUGGAAGAGAUGGGAUACGCACCUGGACUCACCCCACAGGAGAAGGAGCGUAUGCGCAGACGACGGCAAGAGAAGCUGUCAGUGAAGGUCGAGCGCAGCCAUCCGGCAAACUAUCCUGGUGAGGACAUCCGCUUGCUCCUGAAUUCUGAGCCCAUGCACAGAGACACCGAGCUGCUCCUGGCCUGGUGCAUCGCUGCCUCCUUCACCGCGGGAAUCCUGGAAAUCACGAAUGGCUCGAGCACGGAGCAGCUGAAGUACCGCUCGAAGCGCGAUCGACAAGAUCUAAUUCUUCCAUACCUACGCCAGUGCGGCUUCCGUGUUCAGAACCACAGGAUCCUGAAGAAGGGUGACGUGCAGAUCACUUUCAGCAGCCCAGAAGAAGCUCACCGGGCAUAUCAGGAGGCAGCCCUGGUGAACAACAACUUCGUGCCCUUCCAGGGAGCAGACUCCUGGGGUCGGCCGAAUGCGCGCACGACGAUCCAGCCGCGGAAGUGCUACGAGGACGCGCCGGUGCGGAUCGUCAACAGUUCCCUUGCGCAGCUGCCGCCCACAGAGGAUGCCACAGUGGUGGCUGCAGAGGUCUUGCCCUGCAUGGAUCAGAAGAGGAAGUCCAUGUCCUACUUCUGCACGAAGUGCUCUGUGGUCCCCUCUGGCAUCCUUCCCCUGGUGCUUUGUGCCACCUACCCACCGGUGCGUGUGGACAAGCAGACACCCGGGAUCUGGAAGGUCAGCUUUCAGGUCCAUGGCCACAAGGAGGAGCCACUCCCACCAGAGUCAGUGUUGCAAGUACCUUCCUUCUCGUGCAGGAGCGAGAGUAUCGGGCCCCCAGUGAGAAGGUGGAAGGCUUGCUGGACCGAAUCCGCAAGCACCUUUGGCUGGAAGAAUGCAGAUGUGCACUCAAAAGAUCUCUUCGUCGACGGUUUCUUUCGCUUCCAGGGCUGCUUCGGAAAAGUGAGGCAGCUCGACACCGAGUUUGGCAGCACUCACGAAGCCCGCGACCGUGUGGUGGAGGACAUGCCGUUCACGCGGAGCUGUUGCAUAGAGUCGGAACCAGAGCAAAGCACAGCGCUGAACCCCACUUUCAACUUGGCUCUGGCAGGGGAUUCGAGACUCUUCUUAGUGGGACGCGUGCAAACAGCGGAGCGGCGGAAGGCCAUUCUGGAGCUCUUGACACUGUUGGACUCGCCUCAGCCGCCACCGAUGGAGCUGCUCUCCAGCCCAUUGUGCUUCCGCCAGGGCACCCGGCCCCGUCGUGGAGGGUUUGAUGCCUUUGGCCUGGACCUGGACAUCGCAUUCCUGCAAGCCUUGGGCGAGACGGAUUUCGGAGCAUUCUCGCUCGAUGAUUGA